GCAGAGACAGUUCUUACGCCCUUACGAUUCUACGGGAUUGUUAUUGUCUAUUUUUGUCCGGUUUUCGUGAAUUUGUUGACAAUUACUCCGCAAUCAGUCGGGUUUUUUCGUCUUCAAAGAGAAAAUUUCACGAGGAUUCGCCGACUUUUGUGAGUUCGUGGAGUUCAUAAAGUGGCGGGGAAUCCCCCGUGAUGGCGGAGCCAAUCAGAAGUGGAUGCACAGUCAGCGAAGUGGAGACGCCGCCCGAGAGUUGUGGCUUGUGUAUUGACAUUCCCAAAGUGGGGUUAUAAAAACGAUUGAUUUGGGGGUUUUGAUGCAGAUUUUGUUGAUAUUGUUGGGGGAGAAGUGUUGAUAGAAGGUGAGACAGAGAUUGAGCAGUAAUUGGAACAAGUCAAUAAAAAAAACCUAAAAAUGGCGUUGAGGACGUACGGUGACAAGCCCAUAAGUUUUCAAGUCGAGGAAAAUGGGGAGUACUACUGCAUCGGUUCAGAGGUGGGUAACUACCUUCGCCUCUUCCGUGGAUCCCUCUACAAACGCUACCCAGGGAUGUACAGAAGAUCUAUCACAAACGACGAGAGGAAGAAAUUGGUGGAGCUGGGGCUGAGUCAACACGUCUUGGCCUCGAGUGUUUCCCUGCUGAGAGCCAGUGAAGUAGAGGACAUAAUCGAGGGGAAUGACGAUAAAUAUAAGGCUGUGUCUGUACACUCCACUGAACCGCCUGCCCCGCGGGAGGGCAAGUCCAAGAAAACGAUGCCCUGGGUGCCUAGCUUACCUAACAGCUCGCAUUUGGAUGCUGUGCCACAAGCUACACCCAUCAAUCGGAACAGAGUUCACAAUAAGAAAGUCAGGACAUUCCCCUUGUGCUUCGACGACACAGAUCCUUCAGCGAAUCUGGAGAACGCAGCCCAACAAGAGUUGCUGGUGCCCAUCCGUCUGGACAUGGAGAUCGAGGGCCAGAAAUUACGUGACACCUUCACAUGGAACAAGAACGAGAGUCUCAUAACCCCAGAGCAAUUCGCAGAGGUUCUCUGCGACGACCUGGAUCUCAACCCCUUGACCUUCGUUCCAGCAAUAGCCCAGGCAAUCAGACAGCAGAUCGAGGCCUUCCCCCAGGAGACAAUUUUGGAGGAUCAGUGCGACCAGCGAGUCAUCAUCAAGCUGAACAUUCAUGUGGGGAACACAUCGCUGGUGGAUCAAGUGGAAUGGGACAUGUCAGAGAAGGAGAACAAUCCUGAGAAAUUCGCCAUGAAACUCUGCGCAGAAUUGGGACUUGGAGGGGAAUUCGUGACUGCAAUUGCUUACAGUGUCAGGGGCCAAUUGUCGUGGCAUCAGAGGACUUACGCCUUCUCUGAGGCUCCACUGCCAACCGUUGAAGUGCCCUUCAGACCUCCCUCAGAGGCUGACCAGUGGGCGCCUUUCCUCGAGACACUCACUGAUGCUGAGAUGGAGAAGAAGAUCAGGGAUCAGGACAGGAACACUCGACGCAUGAGGAGACUUGCCAAUACUACCCCUGGGUGGUAAAUUCAAGGGGAACAAAAGACGAGAAUGUGGCGUGGUCGUUUUCACGGCCGAAUUUGUGUUUAAAAAUAAACUAGGUUUCAGCAUUUAAGAUUUCAGUGGAAUUAAACAUUUUUUCAAUUUAAUUCUGAGCACUUUUGGUUAAUAAAUGUUUUUGAAAGGAG